AUGUAUGAACAAUUGUGUGAAAAUGAAUUUAGAUACCUAACAGGAAAUAACAAAAAAGGAAAAUACAAAUCUAACAUAUCAAAGGACGAAACAGAAUUGUUAAAGCAACUAAGAAGUCUUCCACUUAGAUUAAUGAAGCCAGAUAAAGGUGGAGGGCUGGUAGUAAUGUGUAAUACAGAUUACUCAAAUAUCAUGACAAGAGUUUUAGAAAAGGACACAUAUGAGGGUUCAAAUAAAAAUCAAUUGAAUAAAGCAUUCACUAGCAUUAAAACCUUCAUUAAUGAUAUGUUUUUGGAUGGACUAAUAGACAAUAGUCAAAAACAGUGGCAUGUGGGUCGGGUCCCUCUCCCAAGUGGGAAACUGGAUGUCAGUGUCUCUGCAGACUUUGGCAAUGAUGAUAGUGGUGAUAGUGAGUUCGGUCAGAAGUCACAUGUUGAGUGUGCACGAUUCUCCCCUGAUGGUCAAUACCUUGUCACAGGGUCUGUGGAUGGCUUUAUUGAAGUAUGGAACUUUACAACUGGAAAAAUUCGAAAGGAUCUGAAAUACCAGGCCCAGGACAACUUCAUGAUGAUGGAUGAAGCAGUGCUUUGUUUAUGCUUCAGUCGGGACACAGAGAUGCUGGCAAGUGGAGCACAAGAUGGCAAGAUAAAGGUGUGGAAGAUGCAGAGUGGACAGUGUCUGAGACGAUUUGAACGUGCUCAUAUGAAAGGUGUUACUUGCCUCAGCUUCUCAAAGGACAGCAGUCAAAUUCUCAGUGCGUCAUUCGACCAGACAAUCAGGAUUCAUGGUUUGAAGUCUGGGAAGACGUUGAAAGAGUUCCGUGGCCAUUCCUCUUUUGUAAAUGAAGCUGUUUUUACACAGGAUGGUCAUCAUAUCAUCAGUGCUUCUUCUGAUGGCACAGUCAAGGUCUGGAAUAUGAAAACAACUGAAUGUAUGUACACUUUCAAGUCUCUUGGUAGCACAGCUGGAACAGAUAUCACAGUGAACAGUGUCAUCAUUUUGCCCAAAAACCCUGAGCACUUUGUUGUGUGCAACAGGUCGAAUACCGUAGUCAUUAUGAAUAUGCAGGGACAAAUUGUGAGGAGCUUUAGCUCUGGUAAGAGAGAAGGUGGUGACUUUGUAUGCUGUUCUCUGUCUCCAAGAGGUGAAUGGAUCUAUUGUGUUGGUGAAGAUUUUGUGCUGUACUGUUUCAGCGCAGUGACUGGCAAGCUGGAGAGAACAUUGACGGUUCACGAGAAGGAUGUUAUUGGCAUUGCACACCAUCCACAUCAGAAUCUUAUCGGUACCUACAGUGAAGAUGGCCUGCUAAAACUCUGGAAACCCUAGAUGGUGGUUGUUUAUAUAAACCAAUUGCAACCUGGACUUAUUUAUAUAAAUAUAUUUUAAUUCUGUUGGAAAACAGAAGACAAAGUGCGCAUUUUUCAUUCUUCCUUUUAAAGCCUGUAAGAGAGGACUGAACUGGGUUAACUUUUUAUGGACCACAAAGCUGUUCUAGUUUUACUUUAACAAAGAUAACUCUGGACUUUUCAGUUUUAUGAAACCAGUAGGAUUUGGUCUCAUACCUUGUUAGGACAGCAAGAAGACUGCUAUGUUCUUACACAGUGCUUUCUUUGUGAUAUCCACUGCUUAUAUCAGUAUUGUAAUGUACAUUUACUUGCUGAUGAUACAUGAAAACUUGUGAACCUCUGUAAAGUUUUUUUUUAAUUUA